AGUACAUUAUCUUCUUUACCCUAACAGGUUAUAUGGAGAUAUGAUGGCAAAAAACCAGAUACCUUAGGGCCAAAUACCCGGCUCUAUAAAUGGAUCCCCCAGAAUGACCUUCUUGGUCAUCCAAAAACCAAAGCCUUUAUAACUCAUGGUGGAACCAAUGGCAUCUAUGAGGCGAUCUACCAUGGGAUCCCUAUGGUGGGCAUCCCUAUGUUUGCGGAUCAACCUGAUAACAUUGUUCGCAUGAAGACCAAGGGAGCAGCUGUCAGAUUGGACUUCAACACCAUGUCUAGUGCAGAUUUGCUCAAUGCAUUGAAGACUGUCAUUAAUGACCCUUCAUAUAAAGAGAAUGCUAUGAAAUUAUCAAGAAUUCAUCAUGACCAGCCUAUGAAACCUCUAGAUCGAGCGGUCUUCUGGAUCGAGUUUGUCAUGCGCCACAAAGGAGCCAAGCACCUGCGUCCAGCCUCCUAUGACCUCACCUGGGUCCAGUACCACUCUUUGGAUGUGAUUGGGUUCCUGCUGGCCUGUGUGGCAAGUGCUACAUUUGUCAUCACAAAAUGUUGUCUGUUGUGUUACCAGAAGUUUGCUAAACCUGGAACGAAGAAGAAAAGGGAGUAGUUGUUUCAGAGGCCUGAGGCUGAUUUGCCUCAUAAACGGGACCCCUUCGGUUUAUUCAUCACAAUGAAAUUCUAACAUAAGGAUCCCUUCUUCCUGUGACAAAAUGACUUCACAAUUUAGCUUCUAAGAUCAACAUUUGCUUUCAAGUGAUUUAGAUAAAAGUUUAUUUCCAAGUGGUUUUCUACC